UCCACGUUCGAAGGCGCGCUCCUCCUCGACCUCUUUGAGAAACUCUCCAAAUCCGCGUCCGCCGUCGGAGACGACAAACACACACACGUCGCAGGCGCAUUUGCGCUUGUCAAGCUCAGGGGCGUGGAAUCCUUCACGGCACAGGAGAUAGCAGCAGUGACAGGUCUAUCUUUAAACGGCACACUCACCGCACUCAGCACAGGCAGAGCAACAGACACGAUCAUUCGCCAGAUACGCCACCACGCCACCCAAUUCCUCGACACCUCCGACCCCAAAUGGAAGCUCACGGGCCUCAUCCUCGAAGCCACAGACCUAGCCGCCUCAGUUCGCCACGGCACCAUAACCUCUACCGAAAAAAUAUCCAGAAACAUCCAUCUAGACACCGAACUCGCCGCCAUCGCCGAAUCCGCCUCCCCUUUCUGGACCUACACCUCCCACCCCUUCCCCAACGCCGACCCCAAAGGCGCUCUCCCCGCCGGCCUCCCCCCAACCUACACCAUCUACCCCUCGCGCACCAUAGCCCAAAUGUGGAACGUCCUCCGCCUAACCCGGAUUCUCCUCUGCGAAGAAAUCCUCGCCUCCCUCGCCUUGACCCCCUCUUCCCCCUCCACCCUCCUAACCGCCUCCAAAGCAAGCACAACAAUCCACCAAAUGACCAGCGAAAUCUGUGCCUCACUACCUCACAUGACACACUGCUCCUACGCCGCCCGCCACAAGCUGCUCGGCGGCGAAAACCCAGACAAACAGCAUACACACACAGUCCCGCACACACUAGACGUCUACGUCAUGAUCUUCGCCAUCUACAUCGUAGCCUGGGCGCCCCAUGCGCCCCUCCAGAGUCGCGACUGGGGCGUCACCCAACUAGAGAAUAUGGCGAUGCACUUUGGCAGUCAGGAAGCGAGUGUUAUACUCGAGGUGCUGCGCAGACAGCGAGAGGGC